AGUUUCGUUUUUCGGGCAAGCUGGCGCCUAUCGUACCGUCGUAUUCGAGUUGACGUAUUCUAGCGAAGCGUGCCAAUAUGCAUCUGAGACAACACGGAUGAGACUUCAGAAGUAUCUAGAAAGCCGUCGUAGGAGCCGGCAAGUUAUUUUUGGCUGCUCAUUGGGGAACAAACGAGUGCCGGGAGCGUCUUAGCGAGAGCACACGGCGGAGUGAGCGGAGCACGCCUUCGCGAUAUCAUUGGAGAAACAAUGACCACAGACGCGUCGGAACCAGUCGCUUCGGCGAGCGAUGCACUGAACGUCAAGCAAGAGGGCAAUGACUUGUAUAAGGCUGGAGAUUUCGUAGGCGCUCUGGACAAGUACACGAGGGCAUUGUCGAUUGUGGACAGCCAGGAGAGAGGUGUCUUGCUGAACAACAGAGCCGCGGCUAACUUAAAACUUGGCAGAUAUGAAAACGCCUUAAAGGACGCUUCGGAAGUUUUGGAACUUAACCCAAUGGAUGUGAAGGCACUUUUUCGGCGGAGUCAAGCCUAUGAGGCACUCGGGAAAAUAGAUGAAGCUUUCAAAGACGCCCGUCAAAUUCUCCACGUGGAUCCGAAAAACAGCGCCGUCCAGCAGUGUCUGCGCCGUCUUAGCCAAGCCAUUGAAAAAAUUGCGAAAGAAAAUGCAAGUACCACCAACAAGGUGACGCAAAUGAUUGGUGUCAUCGAGAAUAACAGCUCCUCGCUCGAACUUAAGAACCAGGCUGCAAACAACCUAGUUGUUAUCGCUCGAGAUAAGGCUGGCGCAGAGGCCAUUAUUUAUGCUGAUGGGAUAGUGAAAUGUCUGAGUGCAAUGCAUUCAUUAAGAAAUGCAGAGUUUUCUCUGUCUUGCAUACGACUCUUCAGUGAACUGAGCAAGAAGAAGACUCAGUGGGCUUUAAUAGUGUUGAAGGAGUUUGGACUUCCCGCAAUGAUUGACCAAUUCGUCAGCAAGGAUGACCAGCACAUCACAGCAGUGCAGUACCUUUUCCAGACUAUCAUCAAUGCUCUCAGUGGCAUGGAAUCUAAAGAGUCAAAAAAGCCAAACCCACAAAUGAUGAAAGAUAACGAAGCAGACAUUGAUGCAGUCAUGCUUGCCCUGGUGAAAAGUUCCUCAAGCCGUGUCAUGACAGCACAAGGCCGUGAUGCUAUCUUGGAGCUGAUCACAAAGAAUGUCGACUAUGAUUGCCUCAACUGGGGCAUCAAGUUGGUUGAUGCUGAUGGUCUUAGGGAAUUGCUGGAAGUCGCGAGUGAGCUUGAGGACAUAAAAUAUGAAAGCAGCAUGGAUAUAAGUCCAAAUACAAGACCAAACUGCUCAGUUGCAUUUGAAAGGAUAUACUUUUGUAUGGACUAUGACAAAGCCAAGGAAAAGUACAGGGAGAAGGUGAUGGAAUAUGUCAAUAUGAAACUGGGAGAUCCUGAGAUUGAAAGCAAGGUUCGUGUUACAGCUGCAAUCACUACAUUGCUCCUGGGUCCGCUAGAUGUAGGCAACAAUUGCCUUGCUUCACCAGGUGUUGUCGAGAUGAUGCUUGCGAUGGCUGGCUCUGAAGAAGAACUGCAGCAGAGAGUAGCUGCUGAAGCCAUCAUUGCAGCAGCAUCCAAGAAGGACAAGUGUACAAGCAUCAUAUCUACAGGGCUAGGCAUUCUCAAGAAGCUGUACAAGUCUGAGAAUGACAACAUCAGAGUUCGUGCACUUGUUGGGCUGUGCAAGCUUGGCUCCUUCGGUGGCACCGACAGCAGCUUACGUCCUUUCUCCGAUGGAACCACACUGAAGCUCGUGGGCACCUGCAGAAACUUCCUUAUCAACCCAAAGAAAGACAAAGACUUGAGAAAGUGGGCAGCUGAGGGUCUGGCCUACCUUACACUUGAUGCUGAAGUAAAAGAAGAUCUCAUUGGUGACAAGGCUGCAAUCCAGGCUCUCAUUGACUUGGCAAAGACCGAGCAAAAGUCUGUUCUCUACGGCGUGCUCACAACAUUGGUCAACCUUACAAACAGCUACGAGAAACAGGAAAUCAUACCGGAACUCAAGGAACUUGCAAAGUUCGCCAAACAGCAUGUACCUGAGGAGCACAUAUACGACUCCAAGGAACAUGUCGACAAGCGCACGAAAAUUCUUGCCGAAUCGGGUGUCACCGUGGCACUCGUGGCCCUGUCAUCAACAGAAAGCAAGAACAGUCGGGAAAUGAUUGCCAGGAUAUUCAAUGCAAUAUGUGAGCAUCAGGAACUCCGUGGCCAUGUUGUUCAGCAAGGUGGGGCUAAGGUGCUGCUCAAACUUGCUCUGGAAAACACACCUAAUGGAAAAAUGAUAGCGGCGCAGGCAUUGGCUCGGCUCGGAAUCACCAUUAAUCCUGAAGUUGCUUUCCCUGGUCAGAGGGCUGUUGAGGUGGUGCGACCCCUUUUGUCCUUGCUGCACCCAGAAUGCUCAGCUUUGCAAGGCUUUGAAGCCCUGAUGGCACUCACAAAUCUUGCGACAGUCAGUGAGAGUGUCAGGGCCCGCAUGAUCAAGGAUGAAGGCAUUACAACAAUAGAGAACUAUUGCUAUGAAGACCAUGUGAUGCUCAAACGAGCUGGUGUCCAGUGCAUCCUGAAUUUGAUGCAAAGUGAAGAGGUGGUCAGGAUAUAUGAGAAGGGUGAUCGAGUUAAGUAUCUGACAUUAUGCCUUGAGGAUGAAGACUAUGAGACAGCCUUAGCUGCUGCGGGAGCUUUGGCCAUGCUUACAUCGGUCAGCACUGAAGCCUGUCGUAAAGUGAUCGAGGUUAAGGACUGGGCUGACAUUUUUGGCGGCCUGGCCGCUCACAAGGAUGAAGGCCUCCAGCACCGUGGCCUUUACAUCCUGCACAAUCUAGUGCACUCCACACGAGAGGUGGCCGAGAAGCUCGUCGACUCCAAGGUACUGGAGGUCCUUCUGGCCAUCACCCAGAUUGAAGGGACGGCCAGCAGCGAGAAGGCGCAGAAACUGGCACAGGAGACGCUCAAGAAGGCCGAGGAGUGGAAACUUAUUGAGAAGUCUGAGCAGCCUGAUGGUGACGACGACAUUCAGUGAAAUUUUAGGAAGCGCAAUGAUAGGCGAGCUGACGGUGCACUAUGUGGGGGGCGCUGAAGAAACGAGACAAUAAACCUGUUUUUAUGCUACUUUA